UAUUGUAACCUUCGAUUUGUUUUCAAAACCUCAGGCUCAGUGUCGAGACCCCGAAACUCGAUAAGACGCCUUUUGUGAAGACGUUAGCAGCGAAGGUGUGGUAAACAUAACUCUUCAUCCUGGAAGAAAGACGCCAACAACCUAACCUGUUGGUACAUCUGACAGUACAUCUGCUUUUAGGAGGUUUACAGAGAAACAGCGGGCGUGCCAUAAACACGCCGGGCGGCACCGUGCAGGAGAUAUUACUUCUAUCGGCGCGGUGUUGGAGACUUUAGCGGCAUGGUUCACUUGGUCAACACCGUGUUUGGUGACUAUUGUACACGCGUAGCAACACCACCUGACAGGGCUAAACGUGAGCUGCAGGAGGCGCGGGAAAAGCUGCCGUACCUUACCCAGGUAUCCCUGCGGCAGACAGCAGGCGGCGGGCGUUACACCGUGCCGGUCAAACCUCCCACAGCUGCCCCGGAGAGGUCGUACAACAUCCACCUUCUGCCGCACACAGACGUCACAUAUGCAGGGCACGGACAGUCAUACCCGAACCACAAGCACUUCGACUGGAGUCGGAUAUUCCUGAAACGCAGUUGGAAGGACCAGCCGCGCACAGCCCCUUCUCUGUACGACCAGUCCAUAGACGUCCCACGGACACGGGCGCGGGCACAGACCAACGGCCUGCCCAGGCAGAGACUACCGGCGGACAGUCUCAACGCAAGGAAACUCAAGAAAUUCAGCGAUCACAACCUGAGAUUACAACAGAGCGCAGACGGUCUACAGCUGAGACUUCCCGAACUCAGGCCCGCGCCGAGGAUCACGGGAAGGGGCACAGUUUACAAGCCACAGAAUCCACUUGUGCAUUCAGAGAUCACGCGGUCGUCAGUGACGCUGCCUGACGUGGGGAAAGUGACGGAGACCCGCUGGGUGAACAUGGUGCCCAUCAGCGGCCCGCCCAGAGGACCGUGGUCCUUCUACACCACAGAGCGGUGACUAGGCUAGCGGGGCCGAGUACCAUGUUUCUGCAAACUUCGGAAGGCGCAGAAUAAACGUUAACUACUUGUUACAUGCACAGGGUAAAUAAUCCCCGGGGAGAUGUUUGAAUAAAAGAUCGUAGAGUUCUUGACUGUCGGGAUUCUCAGUGAUAGCUACCUAGAAAAUUUUGAGCGUUACGAUUUUUCACCCUAACAUCUGCUUGGAGAUUUCAGGGCAAUUACCAAGACUACAGUCGGUGACAAUUAUCAUCUAUUGAAUGGAACGUCUGUAUUACACAGAACUCACAGCUGAUAAUGCACUGUACUGGUACCACAACAAGCCAUAUACAAGAGUCGUUCGCCUUUAUAUCAGGAAACGACAACUAGCAAUAUAUUUGUAACCUCGAAUUCCUUAGUAAAUAUAGAUAGGAGUAAACAUUACUUUUGUUAGCGGCUAGUACAGAGCUGUUAGUAAACUAUAUGCUCUCGUGCAAAGAAUAUCAUUGUUCCGUCUUCCUGGCAAUUAGUACAUAGUCGGAUGUAAUUUCGGUAGCAUAUACGAUACUUGCUAUAAAUAUUACGGUUCAGUGACAGUGUCCAAGUUGAUCUGGAAA